AUGGCACAUUCACCAGUCCCCCCUCUCGGCGGGCAAACACGACUGCAACCAAAGCGUACCUUUGAAGCCUAUGAGGCUGACUUCGGCGUUCAGUUGGAGCCGGCCGCGUCAGAGAGUGCUGGCAGUAGGAAGCUCACAAGGCCUGGUAGGGCGGAGGCACCUGCUUUAUCAAGACCUCCAUCCCCCUCAUCGGGAAAUUCGCUGUAUGACCCGCGCGCUUCGAUUCUCCUUGUCGGGUUCUCCGGGGCCGGCAAGCGGACGCUGGGAAUCAUUGCGGCGGCAGCGCUGCGAAGGCAGUAUGUCAGUUUCAGCUCUUUCUUUGAAAGCCACAUGGGGCAGACCCCCUACGAGUAUAUGUCGGUUCACGGGCUGCCCGGUUUCCGACAAGCAGAAAUUCAGAUCACAGAGAGGCUGCUCAACACUUGCAAGGAAAACCAUGUGAUCGGUGGCUUGACCGGGCUCGGCAGCACUGCGCAGAGAGAAGUCUUGAGAUCCUUCGCGAAAACCAAUCCUGUCAUUUAUAUCCAGAGAGACAAGGUUGACAUCGAAGGCAUGUUUGGCGAUAAGGGGAAUUUGGAUCAACUCUACAAGGCCGGUGAUACCUUUUACCGUUCAUCUUCAAACUUGGAUUUCUUCAAUAUCACGCAGACGGUGAAUACGGCGGACAAUGCGAGUCCGGUUGGGACCCUCAAGCUCAAGCAAACCGAGACGGACUUCAUUCGCUUCAUCCAUCGCAUCUAUGGCCGCCCCCCGAAGCUCCUACACUCUGUGGACCCCUUUUCUCCCUCUUACACCUAUGCCUUGCAAAUCCGGCUAGAGUGGCUAGCGGCAGGCUCCCUUGAGUACGACAAGCUGGAGUGCGGAGCUGACAUGAUCAGCUUGGUCAUCGAUCCCAAGCUCGACCGCAUCGGUCACCUUCAAGACCAAAUCCCGAAGCAAAUGGCCCUGCUGCGCAGAUAUACAAGAACCCCCAUUAUGAUCGACGUCCUCCAUGCACAGCCGCAAGAUGCUGUCAAUUACAUCAGACUGCUCAGACUCUGUCUACGUAGUGCCCCCGAAUUUUUGACAGUUGCAUUGUCGCUAGACUCCGGCCACCUCCAAGUUGUUGCAUCGGCAAAAGGCUUCACCCAAAUGGUUGGAGUCAUCCACCAAGAUACCCCGUGGACAGGUUCACCAGCAAAGUUUCAGUGGUCCGCUCUUCACGAUCUGGCCAAGGAGCUUUCCUGUUGCGCAGUUCGGCUCACCAAUCCUGCAGUCUCCACAUCUGAAAAUCUGCCGUAUCUUCACGAUGCCGGUACGGCGAGAGAGGUCUGGACUUUGCCGUUGAUUGCAUACAAGACGGGCGCCCACGGCCGGACGUCGAUCUGUUUCAAUCCCGUCCUCUCCCCUGUCGUGCUUCCCAGCUUGCAGCCACAGGGGAUUACUGUGACGCAGGCUCAAAGUGCAUUGUAUUCCAGCUUCAUCCUCUCCAAAAAGAAAUUUACGAUCUUUGGUCGGAGUGUGGCAUACAGUCUCUCUCCUGCAAUGCACAAUGCUGCUUAUGCUGCCUGCGGCAUGCCCCACUCGUUCAGCCUGUUGCAGUCAGAUGAAUUUAGCAGCAUUCAUAGCUUACUCGAGGACGAAGAAUGCGGGGGGAUCACGGUCUCAUUGCCCUUCAAGCGAAAGGUUUUACCCAUGCUUGCCAGCAUCAGCUCUGAGGCGCGGGACAUUGGUGCAGUCAACACGGUAGUUGUGCAACGAGAACGGGCUGAGGACGGAAGUCCGCAAAUCAAACUUAAAGGCUACAACACUGACCACAUUGGCAUUCGAAAAUGCAUCGAGCGCAGCAUUUCGCCGGCAAACUCCAUUCGGGAUGGGAGCACCGCGCUGAUCAUAGGGGCAGGAGGCAUGGCCCGGGCGGCAAUUUAUGCUUGUCGCAUGCUGGGACUGACAAACAUUUGCAUCUACAAUCGAACGCUGGAACAUGCUCAGGAGCUGGCGGACUACUACAGCCGGCAGAACAUGCACAUCCAUGUACUCAGGACCACCCAGGAGCCAUGGCCUGGACAAUUGCGGCAACCGACAGUCCUUGUGUCCUGCAUUCCUGCUCAUAGCAUCGGUGGCCAGAGUGCACACGACUUGACAAUCCCGGAGCACUGGCUGCAGAGCCGCACGGGAGGAGUCUUCAUCGAGUUGGCCUACAAGCCGAUUGUCACGCGUCUGAUCCGGCAGUUGCAGCUAAUGUCGAAGAGUGGCUGGAUCACAGUCGAUGGCCUCGAUGUGCUGAUUGAGCAAGGCAUUGCCCAAUUUGAGAUCUUCACGGGCAGACCAGCUCCAGUGCAUGUCAUACGGAGGGCGGUGCGCAAACAAUAUGAUGCAGUAGUCGGAGCUUGA